AUGUCCUACGCAGGUGAUACCAUGUCCUACGUUGGUGAUACCAUGUCCUACGCAGGUGAUACUAUGUCCUACGUAGGUGAUACCAUGUCCUACGCAGGUGAUACUAUGUCCUACGUAGGUGAUACCAUAUCCUACGCAGGUGAUACCAUGUCCUACGCAGGUGAUACUAUGUCCUACGUAGGUGAUACCAUGCCCUACGCAGGUGAUACCAUGUCAUACGCAGGUGAUACCAUGUCCUACGCAGGUGAUACCAUGUUCUACGUAGGUGAUACCAUGUCCUACGCAGGUGAUACCAUGUCAUACGCAGGUGAUACCAUGUCCUACGCAGGUGAUACCAUGUCCUACGUAGGUGAUACCAUGUCCUACGCAGGUGAUACCAUGUCAUACGCAGGUGAUACCAUGUCCUACGCAGGUGAUACCAUGUCAUACGCAGGUGAUACCAUGUCCUACGCAGGUGAUACCAUGUCCUACGUAGGUGAUACCAUGUCCUACGCAGGUGAUACUAUAUCCUACGUAGGUGAUACCAUGUUCUACGUAGCAGAUACUAUGUUCUACGUAGGAGAUACUAAGUCCUAUGUAGGAGAUAGUAAGUUGUACGUUAGACAAAUCUAA